CCAGAAACAUCAAGAAAGGUAGUAACUGUAGGGAACGUAAGGGUUUAGACGGUAAACUAGGAGUAAUUAGAAAAAGAGAGGAGAGGAAGUGGAGUUCCACGCAAGAGAGAUCGUGUGAUCUUAGUAGCCAUAGAUUUAAAAAAUAUGAAUUUAGUUUGUUGGUUUGUUUUACCGGAAUAGACGUGUGUGAUUAAUAAAAAAUUGUGGAAGUGAAAAAACGUGUCCCAGGUUCAUUAAAAAAUGGAAAAUCACUACAAUGGCGCAAAGGCUCCCAGGGGGCAAAGAAAAGAAAAAACGAACGGACCUACUAAGCAAGAUUACGCUAGAGCAUUGAAGGCAGAAAAGCGGCGUAAUGCUUAUUUGAUAGCUAAACUCAAGAACAUUCGUAACAAGAAUCAAACGACCUCUGAAUGGUUCGAAGAACCUAGUGGCUCAGGAGAUAGUUAUUCUGCUGAUUUCAUACGCCGAAGUUCCACCAUGCGAGAAAGUUUCCACCCAAAUGGCAACGAUGUUUCGAUUUUCACCUCAAUGUCGUUUGCAUCGUUAAACAUAAGUGAAUGUAAACCAAUAGAUGGUGAAGACGAUAUCGACAAAAAAAGCUUUGAACAUUGGAAAGACCUUCUCGAAGCUUCGAUGCAGUUCGCAGGAGUGAUGGACGAGUAUUCUAAGAUGAGUAUCUUUAAGAUAAAAGCAGGAUCGAAAUUGAUGGAGACGCUUGAUGGUACUACCUCCCGUGAUGACGAUCCGGAUGUAUCAAUCUGCCCGUAUUCGAAUGUAAUGUGCCGCUUGAAAAGAUAUUUUAACUCCCGUGAUUACGUUCUACUACAGCGUCAGAAACUUAAGUCAAUGUCUCAGAAGGAAGACGAGUCGGAUCUAAAAUAUGUGAGAAGAGUUGCAGCGGUUGCCAAGCUUUGUGACUACAGCGAAGAUCAAAUGAUGGAGAAUAUUGCUGAUGUGGUCCAGUCACACGCAUUAAAUCAGAAAGUGCGCGAAGCUGGCCGGAAAAUCAUGAGAAAAGGUGGCAAACUCACCGAACUCUUAGAUAAGAUCCGCGGGUACGAAAUCGAACAUCUAAACGAACAAACUUUCCUGAAAAAUCAUCAAAAUACCAAUUCAACAUAUAAGCAAGUAGCAGCCGUUGAAUAUGAGCAACGAAUGCAUGGUGGAAGUUUUCGCCCUCAGCAUUCUUUUGUUUCCAAAGCUGUGAGCAAGCCUUACACGGUGGCGUAUAAUCAACCCAGAUCGUUCGAGAAUUUUCGUGGUAGAGGAACUAUGCGAAGAGGAAUGAAUAGAAGCGUCGUAGCUGGUCAAAGGCCUUGCUGGAGAUGUACCGGGACUUUCCAUCGCCCAUAUGAGUGUCAUGCGAUCAACAAGGUGUGCCGCAACUGUCAGCGCGUAGGACAUAUCGAACGAGCUUGUAACCAAAUGUUACAAGCAGCAUCAAGGAAACGUCACAUCGUAAACGAUAAAGAUAUCUCCGACCCCGAAAAUGCGAAAAAUUGCAGCAAUUACCGAAACGGAUCAUGAAAUCAUCGAAGAUGACAAAGAUUCUAAAAUACCAAUUACCGAUGUGUGUAUUGAUCAACCGAUAAACCAUUCGACCAGUGGCUCUACUGAAACAAUUUCGCUUGUUAAUUCAAAGGAACGAGUUGAACUCCAGGUUCGCUCAACAAGUACGACCUUUGAGUUCUUACACGCACUCCGGAAACAUUGUUGGAUUUAUCGCAGGCCUUUCCGUUGAAUUUCUAAUAGAUUCUGGAGCAGAAGUGAAUACA